AUGAGCGGACAGGCUGCCAGCUACUACGACCAAAACCAGAGCUUCCAGCCUGGUUACGGCAAUGGCUAUCCUCCUCAACAGCCUAGCAACGGUUACCCUCCCCAGCAGCCGAAUCCCGGCUACGGCAAUGGCUACGCUCCAAACCAGCCAGACCCUGGUUACGAGCCAAAGCAGCAGCAGCAGCAGCAGCAGGGGCCUCCCCCGACCUACAACCAGGCUGUAUAUGGCUUCGACGAGGCGUUCAAAAUCGAGAAGCCCAAGUGGAACGAUCUCUGGGCAGGUCUCUUGUUGAUCGCCGUGUUUUUAGGUUAUGUUGCGGUCUCUGGUAUCUCGAUUUAUCGGUAUUCUAAGUACAAAGGCUUCAGUGGCGAUGGCAUUUACGACUCGGUGAACAGCGUUUCUCUCGAUACCAACACUCUCAUCCUGCUCAUAUUCGUUCUCUGCGUCGCACUCGCGUUCUCCUGGGGUUACUUCCUCUUAGCGCGCCAUUUCCCGAAGUUUUUUAUCUGGGCGACCGGCAUCCUAAACAUCAUUUUUGCCCUUGCGACAGGUAUUUACUACAUUGUGAGAAAGCAGUAUGGCGGUGGCAUUGUCUUCCUUCUCUUCGGAGUUUUCGCCAUCAUUUGCUUCAUCAGCUGGAUUCCCCGUAUUCCUUUUACGGCCUUCAUGAUGAAGACGUCUAUGGAUGUUUCUCGGAAAUAUGGGCACAUGUUUGUCGUCAGUGCGAUCGGAGGAAUCGUAUCGGUUGCGUUUGCAGCUUGGUUCUCGGUCACCCUGGUCGCGAUCUACGUUGCGUACGAGCCAAGUAGUGCCGAUAGCAACCCGUCUUGCUCUAACGGGGGCUGCAGCAGAGCCCGAGUCAUCGGACUCGUCGUCUACGUUACCUUCGCCAUGUACUGGUUCAGCGAGUGGGUCAAAAACACUGUUCACACAACGAUUGCUGGUGUCUACGGAUCCUGGUACUUCUUUGUUAACUCUCCUCGUGGCAUGCCCGCGCACGCGACUCGCAGCGCUUUCAAACGUGCGACGACAUACUCUUUCGGCAGCAUCAGUUUCGGCAGUCUAAUUAUCGCCAUUAUCAACUGUCUCCGACAAGCAUGCUCCGUUGCCCAACGUCACGAAUCAGCCCAGGGCAACCUUUGCGGAAGCAUUGGGUUCUGGGUCUUGGGUUGCUUCGUCUCCCUCCUCGACUGGCUAGUUACUUUCUUCAACCGCUACGCAUUUUGUCACAUCGCUCUAUAUGGAAAGGCCUAUAUCCCCUCUGCGAAGGACACCUGGACCAUGAUGAGAGACCGAGGAAUUGAUGCACUCGUUACAGACUGCCUGAUCGGGCCUGUAAUCACUAUGGGCUCGGUAUUUGUCUCAUAUCUUUGCGCGUUGCUGGCGUACUUGUACCUGCAGUUCACGAACCCGGGUUAUAACUCCGAUGGUAACUUCACCGCUGUUAUUAUGGCUUUCGCGUUCAUUAUUGGUCUGCAGAUUUGCCAGAUCCUUAUGACGCCCAUGAGCAGUGGCAUUGAGACCAUCUUUGCGGCUAUGGCGUGGGAUCCCCAGGUCUUGAUGAGCGAACACCCGGAUCUGUACCAGCAGAUGGUGCACUUGUACCCUCGCGUCCAGCAGGCUAUUCAUGCCUAG